CUCAUCAAAGCUCCCCCCUUUUAAAACUUGUUGGCUGACACGCAAGAGCGUGCGUUCUGUCUGUUUUACAACAAUUUCGGCCAAGUUCGCAGCAUGUCGCGCAGAAAGGAGAACGAGGAGGUGGACAAGCAGACCCGUAUUGCCAUCGUCAGCGAUGACAAGUGCAAGCCCAAGCGGUGUCGGCAGGAGUGCAAGAAGACCUGCCCAGUGGUGCGCAUGGGCAAGCUCUGCAUCGAGGUGACGCCCACGUCCAAGAUAGCCUCGUUGUCCGAGGAGCUGUGCAUCGGUUGCGGUAUUUGCGUCAAGAAAUGCCCCUUCGAGGCCAUCACAAUCAUCAACUUGCCCAGCAAUCUGGAGAAGCACACAACGCAUCGAUAUAGCAAGAACUCCUUCAAGCUGCAUCGUCUGCCCAUUCCACGUCCCGGUGAAGUGCUCGGUCUUGUGGGACAGAACGGUAUUGGCAAGUCGACCGCUUUGAAGAUCCUCGCGGGCAAGCAAAAGCCGAACCUGGGGAAGUACGCUAAUCCACCCGACUGGACGGAGAUCCUUAGCUACUUCCGCGGCUCCGAGCUGCAGAACUACUUCACCAAGAUCUUGGAGGACAAUCUGAAGGCGCUGGUCAAGCCGCAGUAUGUGGAUCAAAUCCCCAAGGCGGUGCGCGGCGCUGUGGGCGAUCUUCUGGAUAAGAAGGACGAGAGGGAGCUGCAGACUAAGAUUUGUGAAAUGCUGGAUCUUUCGCACAUCCGUGAUCGUGAGAUCGCUCAGCUUUCUGGUGGAGAACUGCAACGCUUUGCUAUCGCCAUGGUGUGCAUACAGAACGCAGACAUCUUCAUGUUCGACGAGCCGUCCUCGUAUUUGGAUGUUAAGCAGCGUCUGAACGCUGCCUUGACCAUUCGAUCACUCCUGCAUCCCACCAAGUUUAUUAUUGUGGUGGAGCACGAUUUGUCUGUGCUGGAUUACUUGUCUGACUUUAUAUGCUGCCUUUACGGAGUUCCCGGUUGCUACGGUGUGGUUACUAUGCCUUUCUCUGUGCGCGAAGGCAUCAACAUUUUCCUCGAUGGCUUUGUGCCCACCGAAAACAUGCGAUUCCGCACUGAGUCACUUACUUUCAAAGUAUCAGAGUCCGCUACGGAGGAGGAGAUCAAGCGCAUGAACCACUACGUGUAUCCCGCCAUGGUCAAGACCCUGGGCAAGUUCGAGUUGACUGUGGAAAAGGGUCACUUCAGCGACUCCGAGAUCCUGGUGCUCCUGGGCGAGAACGGCACAGGCAAGACGACUUUCAUUCGCAUGCUGGCCGGUAACCUCCAACCAGAUGGCGAGGUGGAACUGCCCAUGCUGAAUAUUUCCUACAAGCCGCAGAAGAUUUCCCCGAAAUUCCAGAAUCAUGUGCGCCAUUUAUUGCACGAUAAGAUUCGUGAUGCCUACGUGCAUCCUCAGUUUAUAGCCGAUGUUAUGAAACCCAUGAAAAUUGAGGAAAUCAUGGACCAGGAGGUGCAAAACCUGUCCGGUGGUGAGUUGCAGCGAGUCGCCUUGGUCCUGUGUCUUGGCAAGCCAGCGGAUGUCUACCUCAUCGACGAACCCUCUGCCUACUUGGAUUCAGAGCAGCGUCUGGUGGCCGCCAAGGUUAUCAAACGUUACAUUCUGCACGCCAAGAAAACUGGAUUUGUGGUGGAGCACGAUUUCAUCAUGGCCACAUACCUCGCCGACCGUGUCAUUGUGAUCGAAGGUCAGCCUUCAGUGAAGACGACAGCCUUUUCGCCGCAGUCGCUGCUAAAUGGCAUGAACCGCUUCCUCGAACUGCUUGGUAUUACGUUCCGUCGCGAUCCCAACAACUUCAGGCCCCGCAUCAACAAGAACAAUUCAGUCAAGGACACAGAACAGAAACGCUCCGGCCAGUUCUUCUUCUUGGAGGACGAAGCCUGCAACUAAGACAGGAUCACGGAAAACUUGGAUUGGACAGCUCGUUUCUCUAUGUUCUCCUCAGCUCUCCUUCGUUCAUUUUGCAUUCUUUCGUUGAAGAACACAUUUGCUUUCAAAUUAAUUUGUUAUUGUUGUCGAGGAUUGCGUACAAUCGAAAAUUGGGGAUUAAUUGUACUUGAUUAAAGUGAGUUUUAUAUACGUUUUUACAGCGAAAUAAAUAGUGAACCGAAACAACAGAAUGUUGUUUUGAAUGAGUCUAGCAAAAAUAAACAAAUUUUCUUUAUACAAAA